GUCUCGUAGUCAAUCAAUGCUCGUGUCUGCUUGUUCAACAUACUUUCUUAGUUCUGCGUGACAACAGGUUAUAUUCUCCAUUGGUUCUUUAUGUAAGAAUGUCUUCCUUUGAACAGCUUAAUCCAGAAUUUUACCAAUCAAAUUAUGAUAUUGAUGACCAACCGCAAACCUCCUGUAACUAUGGAGAUAGCAGUGGUCCUGAUUCAAGUAGUGAAUUUGAGAAUAGAUACACACAGGCCAAAAUAUUUGUUCCUUCAGAAAUGAUGCAAUCUUCUAACCUCUAUGUGGGACGUAUCUUACAGCCACAAGAGAUGUACACUCCCUUCAGCCCAUCUUCCACAAUAUAUGAUGGUGACACAGAUGACGAACCAUCACUUUUAGAAGAAAUUGGAAUCAACUUUGACCACAUCUGGCAGAAAACCUUAACAGUUCUGAAUCCAAUGAAACCAGCAGAUGGCAGCAUCAUGAACGAGGCUGAUCUGGCAGGACCAAUAGUUUUUUGUUUGGCAUUUGGAGCCACAUUGUUGUUGGCUGGUAAAGUACAAUUUGGCUAUGUUUACGGAAUAAGUAUUUUGGGCUGUUUGGCAAUUCAUACUCUGCUGAACCUGAUGAGUAUUACGGGCGUCUCAUAUGGCUGUGUGACCAGUGUGCUGGGAUACUGUCUCCUUCCAAUGAUCAUUCUUUCUGGCUGCGCAAUAUUCUUUUCACUCCAAACACUUCCAGCAACUUAAUUGGCAAAGGUUUUUGGAACUAAAGAACACAAGCCUUUCCUUGACAUCUAAGUUACUUCUAAACUGGAUUUCUGUCUUCCCAUGAGAGUUACAGGAUAUUAACUGGGAAACUCUAAGGU